AUGCUUCCGUUGUUGGAAAGGAAACUUGGUCCCCGUUUCAUUCAACUGAAGAAAUCAGAGCAAAAGCUGAGUAAACGUAAACAGCAUUUCUAUAAAAAGUAUGGGAUUCCUGGUGUUAUUGGGUGCAUUGAUGGCACCAACAUCAAGAUCAUGAGGCCCGGCAAUGCCGAGCAAGUUUAUUUUAAUAGACUCUUGCGCUUGGGGUCAGAGGAGGCCAGGGCAUUUUUGCAAGAAGAGUAUGAUAGUGGUUCCCGUGCUAAUUGGCUUCGUGGAGAUUCAGGUUACCCCUUAGAACCCUUUUUGCUUACGCCUUACAGAAAUGCAACGGCAAUGUCCAACCAAAAUACUUUUAAUCUUCGUCAUGCUUCUGCAAGAAAUGUGAUUGAGAGGACUUUUGGAGUUUUUAAAAGCCGAUUCAGACUACUCCAAGAGAUCCUUUUGUAUAAUCCCCUAAAGGUCACAUGCAUAAUAAAUGUGUGCUGCGUUCUUCAUAAUUUAUGCCGCGAGCAAAAUGAUCAGGAGUUUCGUGUUGUCGGAGUUAAUGAAAGACGCGAGAAGUUGGCGCUUUACCAAAUUUUGAUCAGCCUGAACCAACUUCACGAAUUCGGGAUAGCAUAG